GCUACGUCAGUAAAUUUAACUUUGCUGAUGUAGCUAGUUAGCUGUGAAUAACUAGCUAUAUUUGUUAACCAAGAGUGACUAAAAUAUCUUAUCGUAUAAGAUAGACAUAUAACGUCUGGCUAAUUUGAAUUUAUUUGAACCUGCUACAUGUUUUUGCUCCGCGUGUAAACAUCUUCAUAGCUAGCGGGCUGUCUAGAAUGUAAGCUGCUAGUGCUAGUCUAGCUUUCGAAUUAUUAUGAGAUUGUGCAGUUUGGUUUUUAAAUGAUCAGCCAACUACUCGUACUUGAAGAGUUUCGGGCCUAGAUACAUAUCCAGCGUUUCCGCUGAUAUAUAAAGACGCCUGUGAGAAUACCCAGGGUGAUCAGCUUGUGGCUUAUCCUGUGAAAUGGAGGGGGACAGUGUUAACGAAGUGCAGGUGGAGCUAGACAAGGUGGAGGCGGAGCUAGAGGUGGUGGAGCUGCAGGUUGCGGAGCUGCUGGAGCGGCAGGCGAGUCUGAACUCCAGGAGGAAACGGUUACUGAAGAGGCUGGAGCAAGCUUGCGAUUCUGCCCAGCCCUCAAGUUCUGCCCAGCCCUCCGAAUCUGGCAGCACCAAGCAGGACCUGCAGCGCUAUGAGGGCACAGAUUUCCCAUGGUCCAAGGAAGUGCAGAAGCAGCUGUCCGCUGUAUUUCAGCUUCGCAAGUUUCGGCCACUCCAGCUGCUGUCCAUCAACCUCACCAUGUCUGGCAGAGACCUCUUUCUGGUGAUGCCCACAGGCCGUGGCAAGAGCCUGUGUUACCAGCUGCCUGCUGUCUGCUCUCAGGGUUUUACUUUGGUCGUUGCCCCCCUGGUUUCUCUGAUGGAGGAUCAGCUAAUGUACCUGAAGAAUGUUGGUGUCUCUGCAGUCUCUCUCAAUGCCUCCAGCAGCAAGGAGCAUGCCAAGGAGGUCAUGGCCGGUAUGACGCAGCAGAAGACCCCGUUCAGACUCCUGUAUGUGACUCCAGAGAAAAUCUCCAAAAGCAAACUGCUGAUGUCCCGGCUGGAGAAAGCCAACAGUGCGGGCACACUGGAGCGCAUUGCUGUGGACGAGGUUCACUGCUGCAGCCAGUGGGGCCAUGACUUCAGACCUGACUACAAGCUGCUGGGGAUCCUGAAGAGACAAUUUCCGAAGGUCCCCCUCAUCGGGCUUACUGCCACGGCAACCAGCAGUGUCCUGAAGGACUGCCAAAAGAUCCUGUGUGUCCCUGACGCCCUCACUCUCACUUCCACCUUCAACCGUCCCAACCUUUACUACGAGGUUCGGAUUAAAGAAACCAACUCUGAACGUGCAAUGGAGGACAUUGCAGAAUUGAUCUUGGAGAAAUACAAGGAUCAGUCAGGAAUUGUUUAUGUGUUUUCACAAAAGGAGGCAGAGGCCCUGUCUGCAGUCCUGCAGAAGAAGGACAUCAUGGCCCAGCCAUAUCACGCCAACAUGGAAUUUGCUGACAAGAGCAAAGUGCACCGCCACUGGAGCGACAACAAGAUUCAGGUGGUGGUGGCGACUGUAGCAUUUGGGAUGGGAAUCAACAAGAAUGAUGUCAGAUUCGUUAUUCAUCACUCUAUCAGCAAGUCAAUGGAGAACUACUACCAGGAGAGUGGCCGCGCAGGGCGGGAUGACAAGCCUGCGGACUGCAUCCUGUACUUUGGUUUUGCGGACAUCUUCAGAAUCAGUACCAUGGUCGUCAUGGAGAACGUUGGCCAGCAGAAGCUGAUGCAGAUGGUGGCCUACUGCCAGAAUUUGGACAGGUGCCGCCGUACGGUCAUGGCAAGUCAUUUCGAUGAGGUCUGGGAUGAUGAGGGCUGUAACCAGAUGUGCGACGUCUGUCGACACGGCAAUGACUACAUCACUGUGGACAUCACGGAGCACGCCCGCGAGGCAGUGCAGAUCGUUGAGGCGGCCACCUCCAAGAACGAGAGGGUAACCCCACUGAAGCUGACUGACACCUGGAUGGGGACCAAAGGGCGGAAGACCGCACAAGUCACCACCCUCUCCCGUCUGGAGGUGGAGGCCAUCCUCACUCACCUCCUACUGCAGGGGUACUUCAGUGAGGACUUUAGCUUCACCCCCUACACCACCUACUUCUAUAUGAAGCUGGGUCGAAAGGCUGCACUUCUAAAGAAUGACAAACACACCAUCACCCUGAAGAUGAAAAGAAACCCGCCCAACAGCGAUCCUGACGGCGGUUUGGCUGGAGUUGCACAGGCGGGGAUGCCUCCUCUCACCUUCUCCAAAGACGGCAAAUUUACAAAGAAAUCCAAGAAUCAGCAGAAUCAAGCCAGAAAACAUGACAACAUGCAGAGCGAAGCUGGGGGUGAAGCUGAGGAGGAGGACCCCACAUGUCUCCAGCUUGCUACCGUUGAGAUAGAUGUGGAGAUCAGUUCUGUGGAAAAAGACAACCGGGCCUCAGAAAGCGUCAACCAAGUUCCGCUAACUCCUGACAUUUCUCCUUUCAAAGCCAAUGGAAAACGAAAGUCAACACCCAAAAAGAGACCAAAGCAAAACCCUCUUGAGGCUGAAAGCAAUGCUUGCAUGCCUCCUGUCCAUGGGGGAUCAGCAUUAGUUAGUGCUCCUUCUGAGGUUUCCAUCAUUUCAGCAGCUGCAGUGGAGGAGCUGAGUGACUUGCGCAGCUACUACAGCAAGCAGCUUCAGAGAAUUAACUACAUUUCCCAUGAAUGCCUAAAGGACUCUGACUCAGGGGUCCUGACCUGCAGCCGAGGGCCUCUGAAAAGCCUGCGGCUGCCCUCAAGAUCAUCUAUCAGCAGGACAGUGCGCAGCCUGUGGAUGAGAGUCAGCACCAGGAGAAAACUUAUCCGGAAAUGACUGCCUACUCAGAAUUCACUGCUUCAGAACUCUUGAAGGAAAUGUUCUGCUUUGACCAUUUGUUUGGGUCACUGACAUGUUGCCUUUAAUUUCAUAUUCGUGUUAAUGAUUUUGUAAAGAUUUGCAAACACUGUUCAACUGUGCUCAAUGAUUGGAGCCAACUUUUAAAGAAGGGGCCAAGUUCAGAAGUUUUUUAAAUCAUGUGAACUGCACUGUCAACCACGAUGACAGACUCUGUUAGUCUUAUUUCUCCUGAUUAGUUUGCCUUCUGAGAUCUGCUGUCUUGUUUCACUGUUUAACAAAAUAAACGUCUAUCACAUUUUGA